GACGAUAGUGUCACGGGCAAGGUCAAUAACGUCUCACAUACAUGAACAUAUCUCAAACAUUUCCAUUCUGCUCUAUACGAUUUCAAAAUGGUGGCCGUUAAAAUUCUGUUAGGAAUCUUUCUCAUUGUCCUAACCACGGUUCGUACAUGUAAUGGCUCCCUUUUAAAUAGUGAAUUAACUGACAGGAUAGAUAAGCUUGAAGCUCUGUAUGGCAACUAUGAGAAACUGAUCAUUGAAAGCAGCGAGGGACUACAACGACUGCUUACCAAAGCCAGAGCUAAGGCUAAGACCCAGUCUGUGGAACCCAAUGAAAAAUCCCUGGAGGAACCGGAAGUCGGCACCGAAAACCAACCGGAAAUCGAUAUAUACAGACGACAGAUACUCUCAACCCCAGCUGCGGCCACUACUACCCGUCCGUCAGAGCCAAUGGUUUUCCAUGCGAUUCUGUCCAACUCGUACAGUGUAAUGAGCCCUAAACAGACCAUCGUUUAUAACACUGUGAUCACCAACAUCGGAAACGCUUAUGAUUCCAACUUCGGCGUCUUCAAGGCCCGAUUCCCUGGCCUCUACGAGUUCGUUGCAACUGUUUCCGCUCACACCGGUUACUAUGUCGACGUGGAAAUGGUUCUCAACAACCGGAUGUUAUGUAGAGCGCAUGCCGGAUCUCCUAACAUGGAUAUCGGCAUGUGUGUUUCAAUGGUUCAUCUUAAUACCGGUGAUGACGUAUUCAUACGCCACUACAGCGGUAGAGGAACAUACAUAUAUGGAGGCUAUAGUUACCCGUCGUUUUCUGGACAUUUGAUAGCAAGAGAUUAACUGUAUUUACUUCAAAUAAACAGCUUCAAUUAUG